CUAUUUAUUUUCCGAUCGAACUGUCAUAACAAAUUACCUACUAUGUUCUCAUGAAUUGAUAAAUCAUUUUUCUGAAUAAUUACAAAUAUUUAAUCGUAUUCUCAUCAAAACAUAUAAAUGACAUUGCUUUAUUUUAUUUUUCAGCACUUGAUGAGUGGAUGGCUUCUUGACUACAGUUAUAAAUGCCAGCCUGUAGAUUACUCCCGCAACCCAACAGCAAUGAGGAUGGCCAAUCUCUGUUGGUGGUAUUAUAUUUCAAAAUUAACAGAGUUUAUGGAUACGUUAUUCUUUGUCUUGAGGAAAAAAGACAAUCAGAUUACUCUGCUCCAUCUCUAUCACCAUUCCUUAACACCUAUUGAAACAUGGGUCUGUGUCAAGUUUUUAGCAGGAGGUCAUGGAACUUUUUCGAACUUAGUAAAUAAUCUUGUUCACAUCAUCAUGUACACAUAUUACAUGCUUUCUGCAAUGGGACCUCAGUACCAGAAAUAUCUUUGGUGGAAACAACAUUUAACUACCUUACAACUGGCACAAUUUACAAUUGUCUUCUUUCACUCAGCUCAAGUUCUCUUCUUUGACUGUGGCUAUCCAAAACUUAUUGCAGCGUUUCUUCUAGUCCAUUCUAUAAUAUUUUUUGCUCUUUUCUUUGAUUUCUACCAGAAAGCUUAUAACAAAGAGAAAGAAAAGAAGAAGUUGCAAAAACUUCAAUAG